AUGGCGCACUACAGCGACUCUUCCGGAUCGUCCGAAGAUCUCGAUGAUGCCAUCAACGAGGCCCUGGCGGCGGAGGAUCCGUUAGGCUUGUCAUGGCAGGCAGAGUCUGAGCCAGACGAAGUUCUCGCAGGGGAUUCAAAGGAUCCUGUCAGUAUGACUUCAAGAGCUUAUCAAUUGGAGAUGCUCGAAGCUUCUCUCAAGGAGAACACCAUUGUCUGCAUGGAGACGGGUAGUGGCAAGACACAAAUCGCUGUCUUGAGAAUAAGAGCAGAACUCGAGAGGAUGCCCUCUGAAAAGCUGAUCUGGUUUCUGGCGCCGACUGUGUCCCUUUGUGCUCAACAGUCCGGCGUCAUCAAGACCCAGAUACCGUCUAUACUGUCCAAAAUAGUCACUGGAUCCGACAAAGUAGACAGCUGGUCCAAGUCCACUUGGGAGGGUGUGCUCUUCAACGUCAAUCUGGUGGUUACAACCCAUCAGGUGUUGUUGGACGCACUAAUGCACGGAUUUGUGCAUAUAUCGUCACUUGCACUGAUCAUUUUCGACGAAGCACACAACUGUACCAAGAAGCACCCUGGCAGCAGGAUCAUGAAAGAGUUCUACUGGGAGGCAAAGGAUGAAGAUAGACCUGUUCCUUAUAUACUGGGGUUGACCGCAAGCCCUGUGAUCAGAUCGGACAUCUUCAGUCUUGAGGACUUGGAAAAUACACUCGACGCAAUAUGUCGAAGCCCAACAAGGCACAGGGAGGAGUUGUUAGCACACACACAGCGUCCAUUGAUGUUCCACGUUCAGUACAAGUCUAAGUCGAGGAUACUUCGGAACGAGUAUACGGAGUCUAUCUCUAAGCUCCACAACGCUUUCGCAAACCUAGACAUCAAGGAAGAUCCGUAUAUCCAGUGGCUCUGCGCGCAAGGCACCGAUCGUUCCAAGAGAAAGCUCUACGACGCCGUCAUGAAGCAGGAGACCUACAUUCAACGGACGAAGAGGGCAUUUUGCCGGAGAAGCGCAGAAAUCUGUCGGGACAUGGGAAGCUGGGCAGCGGACUGGUAUAUCUUCGAAGCUAUCAGCCGUUUCCUGGACGGAGUCAAGAAGCAAGGUGUUACCAGCCAGAGCUAUAAGGAUGCUGAGGUGGUUUACAUGGCCCGAGUCUUUCAAAACGCCAGGAUCGAUCCCCCAAUGGGGUCCUACGACGAUUCAGCUCUUUCACAGAAGUUGCGACAGCUGAUUGAUGUUCUCAUCAAGUACCAAGGCGAUGCUAGGGGCAUCAUCUUCGUGAAAGAACGGGCCACCGUAGUGGUGAUAGCACACUUACUCAAAAUUCACCCGGCGAUUAGCAAACGAUAUCUGAUCGGUACGAUGGUCGGAACGUCCUUUGUACCAGGUGUCAAGCAAGACUUCCUUGACCUGGCUGAAAAGAACUACAAUAUUUCACUGGAGGAAUUUCGUGCUGGUCGCCUCAACCUUCUCGUGGCAACCAGCGUUCUGGAGGAAGGUAUCGAUGUCCCGGCAUGCAACCUGGUAGUUUGUAUGGACAAGCCAGCCAACUUGAAGUCUUUCAUUCAGCGCCGUGGAAGGGCACGAAAGGGAGAGUCACAUCUCUACCUGUUCGAGGAGAUGGAAGAUGUUGAUUCGAGAAGAGAAUGGGGGCUUCUCGAAGCCGAGAUGAAGCGAUGGUAUCAGGAUGAACAGCGAGAGCUGCAGACCUUGAGGGAGCUCGAGGACUCCGAGGACCCUGAUUACCCUGAUUUGCGAGUCGAAAGCACUGGAGCUCGUCUUACAAUCAACGAUGCGAAGUCUCACCUCGAUCACUUCUGUGCGACAUUGACUUCCAGAAAGUUUGUCGACUUCAGCCCAGACUAUAUCAUCGAAAAAGUUAUGGACGAGCAGGCGCAGCCCGGCACUCCGAACUUGCUCAAAGCCACUGUGCUCCUUCCCGUAUCGUUGCCUCCAGAUGUGCGCCAGGCUACGAGUAGCAGGACCUGGAUUUCCGAAAGCAACGCUUGCAAAGAUGCCGCUUUCCAGGCCUAUAAGGCUCUUUACUAUGCAGGCUUGGUCGAUGAGCACCUCUUGCCACUCAAAGAAAAAGAUCUGGGGGUCGAGAUUGAGGGCCGUCCUGGCAUGACGGAAGCCAACGCACAGUUCCUUCCGUGGGUUGAUGUUGCUCAUGCCUGGAGAACGGAGGAAGUCACUCUCUACCGGCACCCUCUGAGAUUACUUGACCAAAGCAACUACGUCAAGUGCGAACUUCAACUCGUCCUCCCUGUCCUCCUUCCUCAGAUGUCGAAAGUUACCUUGUACCUGGACCACAAAUCCCAUUGCGUCCUUCACAUAGAUCAAGGGGUAGUUGUGGAAGACACUGGUGAAUUUGUGGAUGUCACAUCUGCUCUACUCUCGUCCGCUUAUAAACAUCGCCGCUAUGAUAUCAGACAAGGAGAUUUCGCCGUGCAACUACGCUCACCCAAAGGUGUUUUAUCUUCAGAGUGCUCAAGCGCACCCUUCGACCUGGACAGUGUGACUGGUAACAGACCUCGGGGCCUAAUCCGAGACAUGCACGACCAUCCAUACCGAUUUGAAUGCGGUCUGAUGUCGAAACCUGCAGUUGAAUCCAUCCAGAAAACCUACAAGGGAUUCGAUGAAGAUCCUGAAGACAUCCCAUACGUGAUAGUCAACAAGUAUCCCAGGGGGCCCGGCUCGUUUCACCAACCACUACCUCCUCAGCAACCGCCAAGCACGAAGCCUUAUUCUCGAAUACUUUCCGUGAGGGAUAGCACCAUCGACCAUAUCCCUCUCGAAUACACAGAGCUUGGUCUUCUGACACCUUCUCUGAUACACUACAUCGAACUCUAUCUGAUAGCAAGCGAGCUCUCACAGACACUUCUGGCGCCACUGGGACUGUCGGAUAUCUCCAUGGUCGUGGAUGUGAUCUGCGCGACGAGCGCUCGAACGCCGACGAAUUAUGAAAGGAUUGAGUUCCUCGGGGAUAGCAUUCUCAAACUUUGUACAACUGUGAAUGUUGCAGCAACCACUUGUGAGUCCGGGCUGGAUCAGUUUAUCGUGUCAAACCAGCUCUCACUCAAAGGGAGUGGUGGUGAUGAACGAUGGCGACCUCCCUACAUCUCAGACCUACUUGAGCAUCCCAGUGAGGCAGCGAAAAAGCGAGUGAUGUCGUCAAAAACUCUUGCCGAUGUCGUUGAGUCUGUCAUUGGCGUCUCAUUCAUCGAUGGAGGGCUGCCAAAGGCUCUGAAAUGUAUGUCGUUGUUCCUUGGAGAAGGUCAAUUCCAGGACUUUGAGAGCACCAGGAAGGUGCUCUUUGAAGCAGCGGAGCCCAAGCAUAUGGCUCUUCCUGCAAUAUACAAACCUUUGGAAGAGUCUAUAGGCUACACCUUCAACGAGAAGGCACUCCUCGUCGAAGCAAUUACUCACCCAAGUUACAACGUCCCAGGAGUGUACACUUACGAGCGUCUUGAAUUCAUCGGCGAUGCUAUUCUCGAUCACAUCAUAGUUGAGGAACUCUUCGCUAAAGACCCCAAGGCACUGCAGAAUUGGGAAAUGCACCUGCUCCGGACCGCACUUGUCAAUGGCGACAUACUUGGCUUUCUGGCCAUGGAGUGGGGUCCCAAGCUGUCAAGCAAUGAUGUCGUAGUUGACGAUGGCAGCGGGAGCGAGGAUGAGAAUAACGGCGGGAGGCGUAGCCCAGAUCUCAAACCAGUCGAGAUCACCAGUCCUCUCUGGUCCUUCAUGCGCUACCAGUCAUUCGAGCUGACUGUUGAACGAGAGGCCACUUGCAAGCGCCACGCCGAGCUGCGCGAGCAGAUCCUCGAGGCCAUACACUCUGGCACACACUACCCGUGGGCGCUCCUAGCACGGCUACAUGCGCCAAAAUUCUUCUCAGACCUGUACGAGUCGCUGGUGGGGGCUAUCUGGGUGGACUCGGGCAGCUUUGACGCUUGUAAGGCCUUCGUCGACCGGUCAGGGCUGUUGCCGUAUUUGAAUAGGCUCCGGCGGGCAGCUGUCCAUGUCCUGCACCCGAAAGAGGAGCUGGGACGGCUGGCCGACUCUGAGACAGUGACCUAUGUGCUCAGGGAGAACGAAGGGGAGGUUGCUGGACGAGGGCGGUUCGGUUGCAAGGUGUUUCUGGGGGACAGAGAGGUUGCGGACGUGGAUGGUCUUUGCUUUAGGGAAGCAGCGAAGGUUGUGGCCGCUACUGAGGCUGUGGCGAAACUGUCCGCGGGAAUGCUGUAG